CGGGUCAUCAGGUACCGGAUUGUCUGGCUCGACAGCGGGCAUCGGGUCACCAGGUAUGACAGCGGGCACUGGGUCACCAGGCAUCAGGUCAUUUGGCUUGCCAGCGGGCACCGCGUCAUCUGGCAAGGCAGUGGGCACCGGGUCACCAGGCAUUGGAUCGUCUGGCUCGACAGCGGGCAUCGGGUCACCAGGUAUGACAGCGGGCACUGGGUCACCAGGCAUCAGGUCAUUUGGCUCGCCAGCGGGCACCGCGUCAUCUGGCAAGGCAGUGGGCACCGAGUCACCAGGUACGACAGCGGGCUCUGAGUCAAUUGGCACGACAGCGGGCACCGGAUCAGAUACCGGAUCAUCUGGAUCAACAGCGGGCAUCGAGUCAACUGGCCUAAUAGGAUCAUCAGGCUGGAUCAGCCGGGUACAGACAUCAGGUUGAAGUGCGGGUGCCGAGGCACCAGGCUGAACCACGGAAGGCAGGUUCUCAGAUGGCAGGCUCACCGGUUUGGAUACUGGCA